CGAGGCAGGUGGGCACUGUUGAAGAUAUCGGCAGCGUUUCUAUUUUAACGCUUCCAGGAAUGACUGUAAACCGCACGCAGUACAUAUGAUGAACUAGCGUUUGUUAAGAACAUCCAAAUAGUCGUUUCUAAAGAUGGCGUCGUGGAAUGAGAAAGUCACAGAAUUCCUGACCUGUGUGAUCUGCCAGGAACUGUACACAGACCCGUGUACACUUAAGUGUGAUCACACAUUCUGCAGGAAAUGUGUCACUGCAUACGUCCAAACCAGACCAGAUGCUGUGAGGACCAAAACCAUCCCCUGUUCCUUCUGUCGACAAAAUACAAAGGUCCCCCACCCCAGAAGGCCGGUAGAGGAGUGGGCGUGGCAGAUCAAACCCAGCAUCAUUAUACAGGGGCUGAUUGACAUACAAGCUGAAGCGACCGAUGGGGGCACAAACGGCAAAUGCUGCACAUUAUGUGGACAGCUAGGGGAGACAACUCCGGGCAAUUCCUAUUGUCCAGACUGUGAAGUUACUCUCUGUGAAAGAUGCGUCAAGAUGCAUUAUGCUAGUCCAUUAUCUAGUGACCAUGAACUUUGUGACCUAUCAGAAGAGGUCAAGGUCAAGAAGAGGCGCAAGGUCAUGUGUCGUGAACACCAGGAUAAGAGAGUGGAAUAUCUCUGUAAAGACUGCAACAAGUCCCUGUGUCAGUCCUGCUGUGUGGUCUACCACAGGAAAUGUGACUCUGUCGUCACAAUCAAUUCACAAGUGGAAAGAAUGAAAUCGGAGUUAGCUCUGAGAAGAAGUAUUUUACAGACAAAAUGCCUUGGCAAAAGCAAAAGGAUAGAGAGACAUAAAUUAAAAAUAAAUGAAAUACAAGACGAUAAAGCAUCCCUACAAGAAGAGAUUCACGUUAACGCCGAUAGAAUCAUAGAGCACAUCAGGCAGAAGGAAAAGAAGUUGUUAGAUGAAUUGGAUGAAAUAACUGAGGAACACCUCAUCCAGAUCCAUGCUGAUGUAAAGCUUGAAGAAAUCGAGAUGCAGAUGUACAGACAACAUUGUGAGUUCAUUGACCAAGCCUUGGUAUCGGACUCAGAGAUGGACUUGUUUGAUGCGUUUCAGGCCUGGGAGUCUGGGACUGUAGAACUUGGUGGUAGGGACACGGACGUAGCCGACACUCGGAGAAUUGAUGACAUCAAAGUUACACCUGACAUUGAGAAGGUCAUCAAUGACAUCCAGAUGCUGGAGAUUGAUGUCACAUAUCGCGAUGGACUGGAGUGUUCCCCUGUCUUGUACCAAAUUACUGACGCUGCUACAGAGGACGACCAGGUCACCCAUGGUAUGUUUGACACCACGGCACUUUACGUAGACGGUGUGCAAAUUAUUGUCAUCACUGACUGGGAAAACAUGUGUGUGAAAUCUUUCUGGAUCAGAAACGGUCUUCAGAAUCACAGUAGACUUCCCCUGGAUUCUCCUCCUUGGGGAGUGACCAAGUUGAAGCAGAUCCAAGUGAUGGUUACGCUUCCUCACGCCCAUCAGAUUGUGACAGUAGAAGUGACUCCAGAACUGUUGCUGCUCUCAACCAUCACAACAUGUAAAGGGUACUUUAGUCUGGCUGUUCUGAGUCAGUCAUCUCUGGCAGCAGGUGGUAGCGCCUGUGUGGAUAUCCUGGACAUGGCCGGACACGUGUUGAGGUCAGUCACUACAUACAAUGAUGACUCACUGUUUACCUACCCCGCCUACAUGUGUGUCAACAACAAGGGCAACAUACUCGUGUCUGACUGGGGAAGACGUCUGUGUCAUGUCUGACGUCAGCAGGGAUGUUGUGUGGAGAUAUGCUCCAACCGGACGCAGAGCUCUCAGUAUACCUGCUGGUAUCUCAACAACCAAAACAGGAGAUAUCAUGUUUGUAGACAAGGACUCGAAAUAAUGAUACAACUGAAGGACACGGGGAAUACGUCAGUGAUGUCCUCACUUCCCAGGACGGUAUCAGCCAACCUCUUAGUCUCUGCAUUGACAAACAUGAUUCUGUUAUUGUCACUUGUGGACGGGAAAUAAAGACGUAUAUUUUUAUAUAGCAUCUGCGUGAUGGAAGGGUAUACCUAGUCUGUCUCUCAGUCCCCGAUUUACAUUAUUUUGCCACCUUUGUCCAAGAGGUCAUACUCACAUAUAUAUGUGUUUGAAAAUAUUUUAUAUAUUAAGAUAUAAUUUACAAUUAAGAGUAAAGAAUGUAUCUGUAUCUGUAUUUUGCUGUUUGCUUGUGCGAUGUGAUUAAUAUUUAUGUUGAAACAUUUUUAUAGAAGUAAAAACAUAGAGAUUGUGAAAUGUGUACAUGUAUGUAUAUUCUGCAUGGAAAUUAAUUAAGCAUCUGAUUGUUGAUACAUUCAUGAAAACUGCGGAUAGCACUGGAGUCCUGUGAUCCACGUGUUUGCUUGUCACGCAGAUAACCCGCUUCUGGUACUCCACAAAGGUGCUUCUUCCUGGUGUAUCAUUCUGUGAUAUGGUUAAAUAUAUAUAAACGAGACUCACUCACUCUCUCAGUAUUCUGUCCGCUAAUAUCCAACACCUUACACUGGAUCACUGCAGUUUUUGUUCUUUUGCAAACAUGUUGAAAUAUAACACACUUCUAAAUAUUGUCAUGUGUAGAAGAUGCAGAAUAUCAUGUAAGGGUUCAUCUUGUAUUUUAAACUGAUUAAAGCCAAUGGAACUUUUGUACACGUCAACCGCUAAAUAAAGUGAUCUUCA